AUGAGGCACUUUGGCGAUUCACAGCUUCUGGAUGCGAUGAACCGAAGCUCUGAAGCCGUGGGUCUACGUGGGUUCAGGGAUCCGGAGAUGCCGGAUGUAAGGAUGAUGAUAAGGGAUCUUCAGCAGUCCAACAAUCUGCGAUCUGGUGGCUGGCAAGUCAGCGAUUUGACGCUAAUGGUUUCGAUGAUCCGGAGAUCCUCAAUUCCAGGAGUUGCAAAUCUGACUACUCGGAAAUUCAGUGAUCCGACUAGCCAACAUUGGACGAGUCAAAAAGUGAUCCAGCAAUCUGUGAGUUGCGAUGCUUCAAAGACCCUCGAUUCGAAGAUUCUAACAUCUGGUUCUAUGGCAAUUCAGUGA